GUUUUCUCGUUCCACCAAACCAAAAAAGCCUAAAGCUCACAACAUGGUUCAAGAAAGGAGGGAAACCAAGCCCUCAAAACCCUAAAACCAAAAAAUUAGCGCUCUCUUGCCCUCCUCCCUCCUCUCUUUGCGAAUUCGAUAUUCCCUUCAUUCUCACUCUUACAAGUUUGAUUCCGAAAGAGUUGCCGUAUUUUGAACCUUCCUUCACCCUACUCCACUCCAUGGCGAGGCUCUUUCGGAACAGUUACUCUCUGAAACGCGCUCUACUGGCACCGGAGGAGUUGAGAAGGGGAGUACUGGGGACAUCAUGCCAGUUCCGGAAUUUUGCAGCUAAAGGUCGGAGAAAAUCCAAGUCUGAGGGAAGUGACUCUGGCGAUGAGAAUUUGUCUAAGAAAGAAUUGGCCCUACGGCAAGCCUUGGAUCAGAUCACUAGCUCAUUUGGAAAGGGAUCUAUCAUGUGGCUUGGUCGGUCAGCGGCUCCCAGGAAUGUUCCUGUAAUUUCAACAGGCUCUUUUGGCCUGGAUAUAGCGCUGGGUAUCGGUGGACUUCCUAAGGGACGUGUUGUGGAGAUAUAUGGUCCAGAAGCUUCUGGGAAGACCACUCUUGCUCUACACGUAAUUGCUGAAGCACAGAAGCAAGGAGCUUACUGCGUUUUUGUUGAUGCCGAACAUGCCCUUGAUUCGUCGCUGGCUGAGGCUAUUGGAGUGAAUACUGAGAAUUUGCUCCUUUCGCAACCUGACUGUGGGGAGCAAGCUCUCAGUCUUGUGGAUACAAUAAUCCGGAGUGGCUCGGUUGACGUUGUUGUUGUGGACAGCGUUGCUGCCCUUGUGCCUAAAAAUGAACUUGAUGGAGAGAUGGGGGAUGCUCACAUGGCGAUGCAAGCUAGGCUGAUGAGUCAGGCGUUGCGGAAAUUGAGCCACUCUCUGUCUCUGUCGGAGACUAUUUUGAUCUUUAUAAAUCAGGUUAGGGCAAAACUUUCUACCUUUGGAGGAUUUGGUGGGCCUUCUGAAGUUACUUGUGGAGGCAAUGCCUUGAAGUUUUAUGCUUCGGUGCGCCUAAAUAUAAGAAGGGUGGGCCUCGUCAAGAAAGGGGAAGAGACAACGGGAAGUAAAGUCCUUGUGAAGAUUGUGAAGAACAAGCUUGCUCCUCCAUUUAAAAUCGCAGAGUUUGAACUUGAGUUUGGGAAGGGAAUAUGUCGUGAGGCUGAGCUCAUAGACUUGGGAUUGAAGCACAAAUUUGUCACUAAGGCAGGUGCAAUGUACCAUUUUAACAGUCAGAGUUUUCGUGGCAAGGAUGCCUUCAAACAGUUCCUUGUUGGGGAUGACAGUGCACGAAAUGAACUUAUGAUGAAGCUCAGGGAAAAGCUUCUUGCUGAAUUACAUAAAGUUCCAAAAACCGAAGCUACUGAUGAUGAGCCUGUAGAAGAAAUUGUUUCUGCAGAUAGUACGGAUGAAGAAACCGUCACUGCAGUUGAAGCAUGAGUGCGGGGUUGAAUUGAACUUUGAGUGGAAGUGCUUUCCCUUGGCUGGGUCUUGCCCCAUUUCUAGGACGCGCAACCCCUGUCAUUUGAGCGAUCACUGGGAGGUGCCGACUGACCUUUGGUUUAUAUUCACCUGCUACAUUGUGUUUGAGCAACGUCAAGGUAUUGAUGUGGCUUUUUGUAACUCUUGGUCAAUAUAUAGCUGUUGGGUUGUAUGGUCCAGGGAAAUUUUGAGUCAAAUGGAAUGCAGGCACUGUUAUGAUUUCCGGGCUUAUUAAAAUUCAGGUUGUUAGAUAUUGUGUACGUUGAUGAGGCUACAUUUAUAUUUGAGUUUUGGGGGGAAAUGUGCAGAAGCUGUAAAAUUUUUUUUUAUCUUCCCUUCCGUUUAUAACGUUUUUGUAUUGAAGGCGCCUGAUAGUUCAAGAUC